UUUAGUACCCAGCAUGCAUCUCGCCCUCGCCAUUUUUCUUGUUGUGUUCCGUGAGAAAGUCGAGGUGAACAUUUCGAGGAAAACCUGCGUUUUUAUACAUUCGUUUAUCUUUCGUUUCUGCUAUUUGCAUUCCUGACGUUUUUUGGAGUAACAUUGAGGAAAGAAUAUCGCAACAUGGCUCAAUACAAAGGAGCCGCCAGCGAAGCUGGGAGAGCCAUGCAGCUGAUGAAAAAACGAGAAAAGGAGAGAGAACAACUUGAACAACUGAAACAGAGAAUCGCAGAGGACAAUAUGGUCAAGUCCAACAUCGACAAGAAGUUCUCAGCUCACUAUGACGCUGUGGAGGCAGAGUUAAAGUCCAGCACAGUUGGCCUGGUGACACUGAAUGAUAUGAAAGCUAAGCAGGAGGCGCUUGUGAAGGAGCGUGAGAAGCAGCUGGCAAAGAAGGAGCAAUCCAAGGAGCUCCAGCUCAAGCUCGAGAAGCAGAAGGAGAAGAAGAGGAAAGAGGAACAGAAAAGGAAAAUUGCAAGUUUAUCAUUUAAUCCUGAGGAUGACGGUGAAGACGACAAUGAAGAAGAUGAGGAGGAGGAGGAGGAUGAAAAGGAAGAGGAAGAAGAAGAAGAGCAGGAUUAUGUCCCGGUAAAGAAGAAGAAGCUUGGAAAAAAUCCCGACGUGGACACAAGUUUCCUCCCUGAUCGGGACCGAGAGGAGGAGGAGAAUCGUCUCAGAGAAGAGCUUAGGCAAGAGUGGGAGCUCAAACAAGAGAAGAUCAAGAGCGAGGAGAUCGAGAUUACGUUUAGCUACUGGGAUGGAUCCGGCCAUCGUAAGACUGUCAAGAUGAAGAAGGGCAACACUAUCCAGAACUUUCUGCAGAGGGCCCUGGAAGUCCUAAGGAAGGACUUCAGUGAGCUCAGGUCUGCUGGGGUUGAGCAGCUGAUGUAUAUUAAAGAAGAUCUUAUAAUCCCCCAUCACCACAGCUUCUACGACUUCAUCGUGACUAAAGCCAGGGGCAAAUCGGGUCCUCUCUUCAGCUUUGACGUCCACGAUGAUAUCCGUCUGGUCAAUGAUGCCACUGUAGAAAAGGAUGAGUCUCACGCAGGUAAAGUAGUGCUGAGGAGCUGGUACGAGAAGAACAAGCACAUCUUCCCCGCCAGUCGCUGGGAGCCGUACGACCCUGAGAAGAAAUGGGACAAGUACACGAUCCGGUGAAGCUGCUGUGAACGUUUCCCGUAUUAUCUCUCCUGCGCCCUUCCACAAUUGGACUCUCACUUUACUCAUGAGGCUAAUUCCCCAAAACGUACCUCAAAGAUUCAUUGUCCCCCUAUAUAAAUGCGCUCAUGUAAAUGUAAAUAUUGUUGAAUAAAUUUAACCUGUAAUAA